CGCCGCGGCAACCACGUGCUUCUCAACCAAGUCGCAGCUGCGAGUUCGCAUCACUUACAAGUCGGUUCGUCUCUUUGUUUUUUUUUUUUUUCAUUGUUUCUCUGUUGUGUACUCUCUGGUCUUUUCACGAGUUCGCGUCUCGAUCGCGGUGAUCUCGGACGAACCAACGAAACGUCACUUCGCCAGAAACGAAACCUAGUACGAUAUAGUUUAUACUCUGUAUAGAAAUACAGGAAGGAAGAGAGAUAGAUAUAUACAUAGAGAGAGAGAGGAGGUCGGGAGAAAGGAUAAAGGGAAGGAGUGAUCGGCGAGUGGGGAACUCCAGGUGGAAAGAAUCGUGCAGAGGAAAAUCGAAAGAGAGUGGAGGAGGAAAGGUUGCAUUGUAUGCGCCUAUUCGACUGAUUCUGCAAGUGCUCGGCGAAUCCUUUUUUCUUACAGCACUAGAGCACACCAAGUUCUUCUAGAAACUACCACGCGACAUCUCGCCUAAGCGGAACGUUACCGAUUUUUCAUUUAGAGCAGUUCGAAAAGGGGGCGAAGCUCGUUUCAGUGUGCAAGUGAAGAAAAUCGAUUCUUUCACGAGCUCUCUCUCCCUCGGUUCACGAUCGUCCCUGUGAUACACUCAGAAUCGUCCUUAACGCUCUGUGAUCUGUGCUUUUGUGAUAAUUCUUUGCUUUACGAGGAGCUUUUUAGAUCUAUUCCAGCCCAGCGAUAUCUGAGAGGUUUCCCGUUAUCGGGGACGCAGAGCAUCGUUUUCCUGGAUCAACGCGCCGUUGCCAUAGUUCCCUCCUGGCUGGAGUCAGUCACCGUGAUGUCCACCGAUUUCCUAUGAAAAUAUCGACCUGCCCACACGAUCGCCACGCAUCGUGCAAGCCCACGCUUGUCUAAACUCAUCGAGGAACCGACGAACCGAGAAAGCAGUAGAAAAGAGAGAAAGAUUCGAUAUCGUCGGGGGAAGAACAUUCGUCGAACGUGAUUUCCCGAGAUUAGUGGUUGCAGCACGUUCCGUGUAUAGGCGGCUGAUUAACGCCGCUGAUAACCACGCGGUCACGACUUCGAUAAGAAUAGAAGAAAAGAAGAACGCAACGCGAGGAAGAGAGGGGAGGCACGCGACGGACAAGACACAGCGAAAUCAUUCGAGUUGUUCAAUUGUGUACCUGACUGUCGAACGCGACGGAUAUUCGACUGGAUCGCGUUUGCCAGCGCGAGAAAGCGAGAAUUAGCUGGAGAUCGAGCUCUGCAUCGUGUUGAAGAAAGCGAGAAAGAAGUUUCUCGGAACUCUUACCGUUGCUGCCUGUCAAUUUUUCAACGCUCAGAGGGAAAAGUGUUUAUAGUAAAAAGGAGCUGAACGUGUUAUCAUAGGUCACGCUUCCAGCGACGCGAAUUUGCUUAAAUUUCCAUCGACCGGAGAAAUCCCGAAUUUCCUCGAGGAAUCGCUCAACUCUCGAGCGUUCGUUGGACCAAAUCGCCGGGAAUAAAUUAGCGAACGAGCAAGUGAUCGUAAGUAGCGUAUUCUCGUUUCAAGGAUUUUGCGUUCCCUUUCACGAAAACCUUGAGAUCCGUGGAUCGAUCGCUCGAUUCGAGGAGACAGACCUUGAUUUUGAACUUCAAACGAGAAAAUCUACCAAGUAUACAGCAUUAGUUCCUCGGAGAAAAAGGAAGCUGAGGAUAAUCGAGUUUUUACUCGUGAAAAAGCGCAGGUAGAGAAAUCUGUCUUUUCACCGUGGUAAAAUAUAUACCUGCGGGAUAAUUAUACUGGUAGAAGGUUUGCGAUCGCAGAGUGGCGAUCGAGGUAAUAACACGUCGAGUUCCGUUGGGAAAUUCGCUAAAACCGUAGCAGUUGGGAAGCUCGCGAUACGUUUCUACACGGUUGCAAAGGCAGUGGAAAGGAAACACCGCAGCAACGAAAGGAAGUUUCUCGAAGCUUGCUGCUGAUUCUGCUUUAGACUUGCUCGAAAAGGAGAAUCGUCUGAAGACCAGGGAGAAGGAGCACGACAGAGGGAACGAAGCGGAGAAAGAGAGAAUCUGCUGGAUACGCUGUAACAGAUUUAGAAGGUCCAUGUGCUCCAUUUAGGCUCGUUUACGACAGCACCGCUACAUAGGCGUGCGGGAGGAGAGAAAAGGUUCGAAAGCAGGACUUACCUAGGGGGGAAAAGGACACAGAAAGGAGUAGCGCGAAUCGAACAAAGACAGCGGUGAAACGAGAGAGGAAAAGAAGAGACGAGUGUGUAUACUGAAAAUGGCAAAGGGCAAAUCUUUGGCAGUGCCUGAAAAGCGUUCGAACGACGUGUUCGACGAAGAAUCGAUAGCGAUACGAUCGAGAUGGCGAAACCUCGCGGCCUUCUGGAUCCUCGGGCUGUGCAACAACUACGGAUACGUGGUGAUGCUCAGCGCGGCUCACGAUAUCCUGGAAAGCAAAUUCGGCAAGGUGGAUCACGGCGAGGUGCACACAAACGGCACCGCAGCACCGCCGAUUAACAUGACAGGUGUACGAUCAUGCAACACGCUAUCCACCGGUGCGAUAUUACUCGCGGAUAUAUUACCCUCGUUGGCGGUGAAAGUAAUCACACCGUUUCUGCCGUUUUACGUACAUGCUCGACUGGCUACCUGUGUGUUAUUUUCCGCUGCAGGAUUCCUUGUGGUGUCGUUGAGCACUACUGAAUGGCUCGCCAUUCUGGGUGUCGUUGUAACGUCACUCUCUUCCGGUUUGGGAGAAGUUACACUGCUGAGUUACAGUCAUCAGUAUCCGAAACAAGUAAUAGCGACAUGGUCGUCCGGUACUGGAGGCGCCGGAAUAAUUGGCGCGCUAUCUUAUGCCUCCCUCACCACGUGGUUGAGCAACGAAGAUACAUUGUUACUUAUGUUAAUCGUACCGAUCAUACAUGGAAUCACUUUCUGGUUGGUUCUGGUUCAUCCACCGCAGUCCAGUAUCCCGAUCACUAAGAACGGUAUCGACAGCCAAGAGCACAUCAUUGAGGUCCAUAGGAAGAGCUUUAAAGAAAAGAUCAAUCUGGUACCGGGGUUGAUGAAGUAUAUGAUUCCGCUCGGGCUCGUGUACCUCUUCGAAUAUUUCAUUAACCAAGGAUUGUACGAGCUGAUCGAAUUCGACGGGAUUUGGUUGUCCCACGCCGAACAAUAUCGUUGGCUACAGGUGGAUUAUCAGAUAGGAGUGUUUAUUUCAAGAUCGUCGGUUAAUCUUGUUACGAUUAACAAAAUCUGGAUCAUGGCUGUUUUACAGUUCAUCAACGUCAUUAUCCUACUGUUCGAGACGUUGUUCUAUUACUUACCCAACAUUUGGGUCGUAUUCGUGUUCGUUCUAUGGGAAGGACUUCUCGGUGGCGGCGCAUACGUGAACACGUUCUAUCGGAUGUCCACCGAGAUUCCAAGGGCGGAUCGUAAAAUUUCCUUGGGAAUCGCGACGAUGGCCGAUUCCAUUGGAAUAGCGAUGGCAGGAUGGUUGUCCAUGCCGGUUCACAAUACCAUAUGCAGACUACCACAACCGUCUCGAGUCGGUAGCUAGGAGAGACGACUAUAGUCGAUAGUAUUUUAAACGACGAUCAUGCGACCGUAUCCAUCGUGCCGUGAUACAUGCGUUAUUUAUUACCGAGUCUUCUUCGAUGAUACGUCCCUUUGCGAUUCCAUUGCGCUGAUAACCGAGCAAGAAAACUUCAACACCGUGUGCAAAUCGAUCGCAGUAUUUCCAGCCGUUGCACGAUCUAUACACCGCGAUCGAUGCAACGCCAAGCUUGAUACUUCGUUCGUAUCAACCUCGACGCUGGAGAGUAAACUGGAUCAACGGAGAAAAAAUGGGAACGAAGCAGAAUAGGAAAUUGAUGGACGUUGAGAAAAGAUCGUGAAGAUCUCGUCUUACAAUAAUCCGUUUGGAAACCAACGAUCGAUGGAGAAAGUGAGAAUAUCGAUAUACAUUAAACCAAAUGUUCCUGAAUGAGAAGAAAUAUUAGUUGUAAGUUCGAUCGUUCUGAGAUUUAUUUGGUACAAAUAUUUAAAAGACUAGGAACAGGAUUAUCUUACAAACUGGUUUGCCGUUUAGUUUCGCUGCGCGUUCUCUCGUUUUCCUUUCGAACGAGACGGAACAAUAAGCGAGAACUCGACGUACGCGACAGACAGCGUCCAAAUGGAAGAUUGGAUAGAAACGUACUUCGUCGUCUCGAUAUCUCAAAUUGCGUGCGCUUUUUGUACCAGGAUUCUUUUUAGUCGAGUUAUCGCAGCGAUACACUUGUCAACGCCAAUUUCUCUGGCUAAUGUACGUACACGCGUUUCUUUCUUUUUGUAAUACGUCUUCUUUCUUUUUUAGCUGUUAGAUAUUUUUCUCCGUCGUGUUUGAUAACGUGUUGAUCGUUCGACGAUGAGAACGACACCAGUAUUUAUAGUUAGCGUAACACGUUCAUUUUCGACACGUUUCUAGAAACGAUUACAGCGAGUUCGUUUUACAUGUCUCACGUUGUACGUGCACGUUAUACGUAUCUUUGUCAGUACCGUUUCAAAAUAACCGGUGACAAGAUUCACUUGUCUUCUCUCUUUUUCUUUUUUUUAUAUAGUAUAA